UCAUGAGCCACCGCGCCCGGCCAAUGAUAAUAAUAUUUGAUACGUGUUGAGCAGUUGCACUUACAGGCUCUUUUGGGAGGGCUUUAUGUGGAUUAACUCACUGAACCCUCCAAUAGCCUUAGAGGUAUGUGCAGUUAUUAUCUCUAAUAUACAGAUGAGGAAACAGAGGUGAAGAAAGGGAACGUGACUUGGUGACUUGCCCAAGGUCUCACAGCAGGUGACACAGCCAGGGCUGAAAAGCUGGCAUUUGGUUCCUGAGGCUGCCUUGCCUCCCGCACCCACUCUCCUGCCUCUGUUAGUGUGGCGUAUUUCCUUCGGAUUUCUUUUCUCUGUGCAUGUGACAUUUAAACACAUACCUCCUCGUGCCCUGAAGUCUAAGACAGUAUGCCCUGUAAGGUCCAUUAUUGAUCAUGUAACUGCUUUUCUGAAAAGAAUGCGAUAGGUGAGUUUUAUCCAUGGAUUGCGAGGUACAUGCCAAUCUCAAUGACGUGAGCAUGUGAAACAAUAUGCAUAUUGUAGAAUUGAGGUGAUAGGGCAUGUGUGUGUGUGUUUCAGAAAAGGCAUCCCGCCUGAGUUCUGUCGUGCCGCGAGCCUUCAUUAGCGAAUGCUGAUGGUCUCAGUGUCGGCACAGCGGGGCUGGUUUCUGUGUUUCUGUGCUCAGGAUGGCUUGUUGUGUUGUGUGGCCAGACCCUUUCCACGCGCUGGGUACUGUGCUGAGCCCUUCCCUGCAUUAGCCUGUGAUGAAAGCACUGCUGUCUGUCCUUGCAAGGACAGGAGGAAACGGAGGCUUGGGAGUCUAGAAAGAGGGCAAGCGAGGAUCCCAGUCCAGAUCUGCCUAACUCUCAAGGCUGUGUGGCACAGUGUCGUGGGGGAGGCGGGCCGCUUGUAGUUCCUGAGAUGAGGUCAUAGGGCAAGUCAUUUCACUUCUGUGCCUCAGUUUCUUCAUUAUCAUAGAAACAGUAGGAGUGUCUGCCUCAGAGGGUUGCUGUGAGGGUUAUAUUGGUGUGUGCAAAGCACUCAAAUGGGCCUGGCACGUGGUAUGGGCUAUGUGAGCCUUGUUCUUUUUAGUAGAGUCAUGGUAUUAACCAAUAUAUAGCGCCAGACCCCGUUGUGAGCUUUUAGAUUGUUGCCGGGUUUCCCUAUUUCAGCAGUACAUACUCAGGACAGCGGUCAUCAGCUGGUGGUGGUUUUGUACCCCAGGAGACAUUUGGUAAUGACUGAAGACAUGUUUGAUUGUCAUAACCAGGGGAGGGUGUUCUGUUGGCUUUAGUGAGUAGAGACCCAGGAUGCUGACAAACCUCUUCAGGGUGCAGGAGAGUCCCCACCUCAGGGAUUCUCUAUCCCCAAAUGUCACUAGUGUUGAGGCUGAGAAUUCCCACCUUAGAACCUCUGUUCCUUGGCACUAGCAUUUUCUGCAGGAGAAAUUCAUCCAAGCACAUGUACAUUUUCCACUUUAUCAGUUUUACCAGAAUGCUCUCACAAGACGCUGGGACCAGUUUAUAGAGUGGUGAAUGGCUGGUGGCAGAUGAGGGAGUUGGUUCCCUCCCGUCUUGCCCCAGCCUUCCAAAGUGCUGGGAUUACAUGUGUGAGCCACCACGUCCAGCCUCCUGUUGUCUUUGAAUUUAUCUCCUGAGCAAGUCUUCCUCGGGGUGCUGUGGAAAGGCACAGAUCUGAGUGCAGACGACAGAGGCUUCUGAGGGGGUCGCUGCCACCUCCCCAAUGAGCCUCCACAACACCAGGAGGGAGCCCCACCCACCAGCUCCAGCUCCAAGAGACGCAGAGCUGCUUCCCCACCUGCCUCCCUAGCCCAUCUGUGCAGUCUGGCAUCAAAACCAGACUGUGCCCUGUCCACGGCGCCUCCUGCAUGUCCUGCUGCCCUGAGCUGUCCCGAGCUAGGUGACAGCGUACCACGCUGCCACCAUGAACGAGGUGUCUGUCAUCAAAGAAGGCUGGCUCCACAAGCGUGGUGAAUACAUCAAGACCUGGAGGCCACGGUACUUCCUGCUGAAGAGCGACGGCUCCUUCAUUGGGUACAAGGAGAGGCCCGAGGCCCCUGAUCAGACCCUACCCCCCUUAAACAACUUCUCUGUAGCAGAAUGCCAGCUGAUGAAGACCGAGAGGCCGCGACCCAACACCUUUGUCAUACGCUGCCUGCAGUGGACCACAGUCAUCGAGAGGACCUUCCACGUGGAUUCUCCAGAUGAGAGGGAGGAGUGGAUGCGGGCCAUCCAGAUGGUCGCUAACAGCCUCAAGCAGCGGGCCCCAGGCGAGGACCCCAUGGACUACAAGUGUGGCUCCCCCAGUGACUCCUCCGUGGCUGAGGAGAUGGAAGUGGCGGUCAGCAAGGCACGGGCUAAAGUGACCAUGAAUGACUUCGACUAUCUCAAACUCCUUGGCAAGGGAACCUUUGGCAAAGUCAUCCUGGUGCGGGAGAAGGCCACUGGCCGCUACUACGCCAUGAAGAUCCUGCGGAAGGAAGUCAUCAUUGCCAAGGACGAAGUCGCUCACACAGUCACCGAGAGCCGGGUCCUCCAGAACACCAGGCACCCGUUCCUCACUGCGCUGAAGUACGCCUUCCAGACCCACGACCGCCUGUGCUUCGUGAUGGAGUACGCCAACGGGGGUGAGCUGUUCUUCCACCUGUCCCGGGAGCGUGUCUUCACAGAGGAGCGGGCCCGGUUUUAUGGUGCAGAGAUCGUCUCGGCUCUUGAGUACUUGCACUCGCGGGAUGUGGUAUACCGCGACAUCAAGCUGGAAAACCUCAUGCUGGACAAAGAUGGCCACAUCAAGAUCACUGACUUUGGCCUCUGCAAAGAAGGCAUCAGUGAUGGGGCCACCAUGAAAACCUUCUGUGGGACCCCGGAGUACCUGGCGCCUGAGGUGCUGGAGGACAAUGACUAUGGCCGGGCCGUGGACUGGUGGGGGCUGGGCGUGGUCAUGUACGAGAUGAUGUGCGGCCGCCUGCCCUUCUACAACCAGGACCACGAGCGCCUCUUCGAGCUCAUCCUCAUGGAAGAGAUCCGCUUCCCGCGCACGCUCAGCCCUGAGGCCAAGUCCCUGCUUGCCGGGCUGCUUAAGAAGGACCCCAAGCAGAGGCUUGGUGGGGGGCCCAGCGAUGCCAAGGAGGUCAUGGAGCACAGGUUCUUCCUCAGCAUCAACUGGCAGGAUGUGGUCCAGAAGAAGCUCCUGCCACCCUUCAAACCUCAGGUCACGUCCGAGGUUGACACAAGGUACUUCGAUGAUGAAUUCACCGCCCAGUCCAUCACAAUCACACCCCCUGACCGCUAUGACAGCCUGGGCUUACUGGAGCUGGACCAGCGGACCCACUUCCCCCAGUUCUCCUACUCGGCCAGCAUCCGCGAGUGAGCAGUCUGCCCACGCAGAGGACGCACGCACGCUGCCAUCACCUCCGGGUGGUUUUUUCCCCCUAACUUUUUACUUUGUCUUUUUGGUUUGCGUCCCCACCCCCACCUCCUCACCCUCUUCCCAGUUCUUCUUCAGGCCCCUCCCAGACGCACCCCAGCAGCCCCUGCAGCCCCUGCCUCCAGCCUCACCUUUGUGCCCAGACUUGCAUUUGGGAGACUCCACCUCCCGCCCAGGCCUGGGCUGUUGGGCGGUUGGAGAUUCAGGUUUUAAUCCACACAAGCCCCAGUGAGGGGUGAAGCAAGGUGCCUGGGGCCUGCCUGAGUUUCUGGCCCGGGUGUCGUGCUGGUGUCUGCCUCCGUGCUGCUGCUUCUGGACGAAGGCUGCCUUCUGGUGGGACGUGACACCCGGCAGACAGUGGUGCUGCCUUCCAGGCCCCGUGGCCUAGGCUCGGAGUGGCCAGGCACGGGGCGGUCCAAUCCCCCACCCGCUGUCGCCCCAUGGGGGCAGAAAAGCAAUAAUGUCCAGGGGCAGGCAGGGGCCCUUGGGAGCUGCAGGGUGGGAGGUUAGGGCUGCUCCCUGGUGAAUGGAGCCAGAUCCUAGGAUCUGUACCAUGGGGAACCAGGAGUGGCCGGGCUGGGCACCGCCUCCUGGUCCUGCCUCCUCCCCACCAAACUGUCCUCACCCUAUGGAUGAGGCAGGAGGAACAUUUGGGGGCAAACCUGCCUGCCUCCCAGCCCCGUGCCUUACUAGGGCUUCCUUCCAGCUGGCCUUACCUCCCGCUGGACCCUGGGCCUGGCCUGGCCCCAUUGGGGGGCUGUGGGCUGGGCUCACCCUCUUCUCUGCGGGAGUGGAGGGGCACCAGCCUCGGCUGUUACAAUCUUACACCGGACAGUAUUGGGCCCCAUGGACUUGGUCAGGGAGGGGUGGGGGUGGGCAUCUCUGGUACCUGUUGGGGUGGGGGGCCUCUGAGAAGGGAGGCUCCUAGGCCCCCCUCACCCCUCCCUCUCCCCAGGGCCCCACGUUCUGCAGCCUUAAGGUUGAACAUGAGCGCACGUCCAUGUCAGUGCUGUGGGACUCCUGUGCGUGCCUCGGACUGCGUGUGUCGGCGGGACGCAGGCACACGUGGGUGUGGGUGUGUGUGCAUGUGUGUUUGUGUGAGGGCAGCGUGUCCUCCGGUGUGCAUGGUGUGUGGGCUUGGGCCCCAUCCCUGGCCCGAGCAUUUCAUCCUGUGGGGGAGGGGUGCUGACCUAGUGGGAGGAGCCCCGCCGUGAUCCAUGAGCUGCCCUGCCCACGCCUGCCCUCCCUGCAGCAACAACUCUGGGUAUUUGGAGUUUAGCUUUUGUGGGUUUGCUCUCCCUACCCCAUCUCCUGUACUAUGCAGUUCAUGGCAGGGUGGGGAGGGUUGGGGUUGGUUCGGGUGGGUGAGGGUCUUUUUCCUCUGUGUGCGAUGUUAUCUGACAGUUCUCCUCCGUCCCUACUGGCCUUUCUCCUCGUCUUCAUAUUUGUACGGUACAAGCAAUAAAGACACUCAUUUCAGACCAGGGCCCAGCCUGCACUCACGCCGGCCCAACCACGCUGGGCUUUGCCUUGGUGAUGGAGUCGGACCUCUGGGCCCCAGCUCCUCCUGUACUAGCCGCUCCCUUCAGCAAGGAGGGCACUGAGCUGGGGCGUGGAGGUGAGAAUGAGCUCAGGGUGAGGGCAGCUGGGGUGUGUGCAGGAGCUCAGGCUGGAGAGGGUGGGUGGAGCUGGUACUGUGGGGCUGAGGGGUGUGGGAAGGCUCCCAGCAUGUGGGGGUGGGGUGGACAGAGACCACUCCAGGCCCUCAGUGCUGCUUAGGCUAAGAGAGGUGGGGUGGAGGGACAGGGGUGGAAGAUCUGGGUAGCCCAGAAUGAGGAGGGUGCCUGUGCUGUCACUGAGUGAGAGGGAGUGGUUCAUUCCACCCGGCUGCCGAGCCUUAGAGGGGGGCAUUCCUGUCCUGCCCCACCUCCCCGUUUAUGCUGCCGCCUGGAAGCCUUGAGGCCCCCAAAUUCCAGUACAGACCCAGUGGUGUGUUCAUGGUGGCGUGGUUGCUGUCGCCUGGGAGCUCCUGAGCGUUUGGUUAGAACCCCGUUCAGCUUGGGGUCAGCCCUCCGCUAGGCACUGCCCUUUAGCCUGGAUGCGUCUGGGCCCCUGCACUUCCCGUGCUUGAGUCACGUGGCCACAUGGCCGGGCGCUAGCCAGAUGGAACACUUCCCCCAGCAAAGGACCAGAGACCAGAGCCCUGGCCUGCCCUGCUGAGCCCUGCUGUGCAGAGGGCCUGGCACAGAUGAAUUUGAGAUUUUGCCACAAGGUGUUAGCACUUGACACCCAUUGAGUCUUUGAGAUUUUAAGUGAAUGUAAGCAGAAAAAGUCAGAUCCAAUGUACAGAAAUCAGAGUUAGCUACAGCUAAGACUCAUGUUGUUUAGUUGGGGUUUUUUAGUUUGUCUUUCUAAAGUCAUGUGGACCGUAAUUUAAUUACAAAAGUCUUCCCUGGUGGUCAUAAAAUAGGCAGGCCUAUAAAGAAAGUCCUUUUACUCUUCCAUCUCGUCCCAGCCCUGAAUUGACCCACGUUGGUGCUCCUCACGCCGUGGUGACGCAGGUCUCGUAGUGUGGGCACGGGCCUGGCUACCUCAUCUUUUUAGUGGCUCUCUCCUCUUCCACAGGAUGGGGCCCCACAGCUGCAGCAGCUGGCCCUGUAGUUGAGCAUGUGUGCUUAUCCUGUAGAGCUUUUCCCAAGAAGAGUGUUUGAACUUAGAGUCUUAAUAAAAUCUUACCAAAUAAAUUUUGAGUAGAAUAAUCGUCUUUUGCAAUGUACAUUUUAAAAACUUCACAAGUUCUUUUUUGUAUAUAAAGAACAGUAGUCUGGGCACAGUGGCUCAUGCCUGUAAUCCCAGCAAUUUGGGAGGCCGAGGCGGGCAGGUCUCUUGAGGCCAGGGGUUCGAGACCAGCCUGGGCAUCAUAGGGAGACCCUCAUCUCUACAAAAAAUACAAAAAUUAGCUGGGCAUGAUGGUGCAUGCCUGUAAUCCCAGCUAACUUGGAAGGCUGAGGUGGGAAGAUCACUUGAGCCCAGGAGUUUGAGGCUGCAGUGAGCUAUGACUGCAGCACUGCACUGCAGCCUGGGACAGUGAGACUGCGUCUCUAAAAAUAAAAAUAAAAAAAAAAAACAUGAUACAUGCCAUUAAAAAAGACAGCAAAGCAGGAGUAUGAGAAGGUAAAUUCACCUGAGGUCGCAGGGCCUGGAGUACUCAUUUUGGUGCUGAUUACCUCUGUGCAAAUGGACACGGCAUCAUAAAUCAGUAGUUUCCUGCUCUGUUUGCAUAAUCUUUUCCAGUUAAUGUGAAGCCUCUGGGGGCUGCCCUCGUGCAUUGAUGGCAGUGUUGAGUCGGGGGUAGCAGUGAGAUUCCCUUUUAGCUGCUGCAUUUGGGGAACUCGGGCUUUCCAGCUGCUUCCUGGGGUUCCAUGGGGUAGACUCCUCAACCGGUUCAGCCGCCCCGUUAACAGGAAUUGACUUGGUUUCGUUUGGUGCUACCAGCAGUCCUGUAAUAAACUAGCUAUCCGUCUGUA